UCAAAUCAUUUUGCCAGCCAUGUCGACUCAAGUCUUAGAAUGUGGUGGGGUCGUUACGUAUCAGAUCCUUUGCGGCAGAGAGAUUGCCACAAAGGAUCGCUUUGCCACACAGAUGGCGAACUACUGCUACUUGGUGGUGAACACGUUGGAUAAAACCGCCAUCGCCAUAGAUGCUGCCUGGGAUGUGCAAGGUUUGUACGACUUGGCCAGCGAGCUGGGCGUGAAGAUUGUGGGAUGUGUCUACACGCACUUCCAUUUUGAUCACUGCGGUGGAGACGUACACCCCAUGUUCACCGGUGGACAGAAGGUGAACCUGCCUGGGGCCAAAGAGGUGGAAGCCGCAGGUGGAAAGAUCUGGGCCGGCAAGGAAGAUGCCGAGGAAAUCAAGAAGCAGUGCCAUUUGGACGAGGUGGUGCCGAUGAGAGAUGGCGAUGUGCUUCCCUGCGGAGACCUGGUGCUUCACAUCAUUCGAACUCCUGGUCACACCCCAGGCUCAAUCUGCGUGUUUGCUGCCCCGCGUUCUUUGUCACCUCGAGUAGAGAUGGGCAAGUCUCCCUUCAAGGAGGCAGGACUUCUCAUCACCGGUGACACUUUGUUCGUGGGCUCCUGUGGCCGCACCGAUCUCCCAGGCUCUGAUCCGCGUGAUAUGAUGAGUUCACUGGCGAGGUUAAGCACCAUGGACCCUGCGGUGGUUGUGUGUCCAGGCCACAAUUACGCUAUGGAGCCCUUCUCAACCAUUGGGGCCGAGCGGGCCCAAAACGAGAUGGUAAAGAUGGGCCUUUCACAUUUUCCAAAGCCGCUACCUGUACCUCCUUGUGCCAUGUGUGGUACUGGCCUGCCCUGUGGGCCGAAGGGAUUCAGGAUCGGUCGAAAGGCACGGAUUGUGAAGCUAACGUCUGAGCAGGGACAGGCCAUCAACGGUCAAGACUGUGUCAUUGAGAGCUACAUGGAAGACCGAGAGCGCUAUGCCGUCCGGAUGAUCAAUGCAUCAGCCGUGAAAGUUCUGAAACCGGAGAACCUGGAAAAGCCUGAAAAGGACGCGACUGAAGCCCCUGAAGCAACCUAGUCGCGACUAGGAUCGCCGGAGAAUGUCAUGGAUUUUUUGAUGGAUCAAUUGUCUGCAAAGUCAGGUCACGUGUAGAAUAUGGGGGUUGCACCCCAUAUAGGUCUGUCUGAAAACGGGGACACCUCAAAAUGGC